UAAAAAGACAUCAAAAUUUUAGGCAAAAUUGAAGUAUAAAGACACCCAAUUUUGGUAAACAUUCAGAUUGUAUCAAUUAAACACGCUUUCCCAUAUUUGCUUCCUUACCAUUCCAAUCUUCCUAAAUAACUUUCCCCUAUUCUGUAUAUUUUCAUUAUCAAAUCACUCAUUUUUUUCCUCUUCAAGUUUCUUCUCUAUAUAUAGACUAAACCAAUUUGCUUUUAUUAUACACAUCACUAAGUAUUCUUAUUAUUUUCUUAUAUCAAAAUGGCUUCUCUCUGGCUUAUGUUCUCUCUGUUCGCUUGUUUUUAUGUAUCUUCUUCUAUUGCAUACACUUUUUACGUUGGUGGUAACGAUGGUUGGGUGUUGAAUCCGCAUGAGAAUUACAAUCAAUGGGCCGGAAGAAACCGAUUUUCAGUCAAUGAUAUUCUUGUGUUUAAGUUCAAGAACGGGACGGAAUCGGUUUUGUUAGUGAGUAAAGAUGAUUACUACAAUUGCAACACAAAGAAUCCGAUAAAGAGUUUGAAUUCAGGGACUUCAGUAUCGUUCAAAUUUGAUCGGUCUGGUCCGUUCUUUUUCAUUACUGCAAAUCAAGAAAAUUGUCAAAAAGGACAGAAGUUGAUCGUUGUUGUGUUGGCUAUUAGACCUAUUCCACCUAAAACUCCUACACCAACAGCGUCUCCAUCACCAAAAUCUCCGGCACCGGUUGCUAAUCCUCCGUCGUCCUCCGGUUCUGCACCGACAGUUUCGCCUUCUUCACCUUCACCGAUUGCUAAGACGCCAUCUUUGGCUCCAGCUCCGUCAUCUCCUCAUGCAAAAGUUCCAUCUUCAGCCCCAGUACCAGCACUGUCACCAAACUCUCCGCCUGCAAAGUCUCCGGCUUCAGCUCCGGUGCCUGUUGCUUCGCCAACUCCAUCGGCAACAAAAGGUCCUGUUGCUUCGCCAACUCCAUCGGCAACAAAAGGUCCUGUUGCUUCGCCAACUCCAUCGGCAACAAAGGGUCCUGUUGCUUCGCCAACUCCAUCGGCAACAUCUCCAUCUGCAACGUCUCCAUCGGCAACGUCUCCAUCACCAGCAGGAACAGUAGAGAGUCCGGCUCCGGUUACUUCUGAGUCGCCACAACCGCCGGAAACAACAUCUCCGGCUUCAUCUCCGGAUAAUGGUAAGGCAUCGGACGUCAAUGCUCCAGCUCCGACUAAAUCUGGUUCAUGGAAUUUGAGUCCUUCAAUGGCGAUUGUCACUGUUCUUGUGGGUGUUUUUACACUUACUGUUUGAGUUUCUUGGGCUUGGGGUUUGUGAAUUUUUGUUUGAUGUUUUAAGGUUUUGUUGGUAUUUUUAGGAUUUAUUGGUUGGAUUUUUAUUUUAUUUUAUGGUUCUAAAUAUUUGUGGACUAAUAAAAAAAUUAUAUGGUUUCUUUGAUCA